CCGCCGCUCGUUCCCUGCACCUGCAACUUUUCCCCUCCUCGGCCCGUCCCAACUCCCGAGAACUGACGAGGCAUCGGCACACCUACGACACGCCAGGAAAAGAAGCUUCCACUCCCCCUCCGGCCCUCCCUUCCGCUCCACUAGCCUCCUCAGCUCACCACUUCACCACUCCUCGUAGCCGUAGGUCCGUCGCCAUCGCGUCGCGCGCCACUUCCGCUGCAGUUCCCACCCUUUCCCCCCUGCUUUCGUUGCCCGGCCCGGCCCGACGAGCAUCCUCAGCACGGCACGCACGCCACCGCGGGGAGCGAGGAGCAGCGGGUCAGCAGCGGCGUAGUGCUAUAAAUGGGCAGACAUGGCUGCAGCAGCGGCGGCCACGCUUCCCCAGUUUGCUCGCGCUCCCCGCCUGAGCUCACCGACAGCCCGCCGCUCUCCAAGCCAGGCACCGCCGCCAUGAGUCCCGGAGGUGGGCGUCGAGAGAGCGGCGCCGGCAGCAAGAACAACCCGCCGCCGCAGGGAGUGCACCCGCGCUACGUCCCCAAGAGAGGGGCGGUGCUGAAGGGGAUCGUCCGCGGCGUGCUCCGCUGCCUCCUCCUCCUCGCCUCCAGCGCGCCGGCGGACUCCGGCGGGCGCCGCGUGCGCCCGGCGCCGGCCGAGGCGGGAGCAGGGGGAGAUGAUGGCGCGGAGCAGGGGAAGUAGGCGUGUGGGUAACACGUGCAUCCGUGGUGCCGACCGGCUUUGCCACGGCCUGACCUUUUUAUCUGGGCCGUCCGUUCAUGUUUGUUUAGUACGCUGUUGUGUCGCUGCAAUCUGUUCUUUCGUAGGAGUAUCUCUAUGCUACGCAGUCCCAAACUACUGUCUGUCUGUGCUGCUCUCUUGUGUUUCUGCAGGUGAUCUUAAGCGAUCCUUAAAGCUCUUGAUUGAAAUUUGAAAAGCUAUUUCUCUCAUCGGGGUAUGCCAGUAAUAAUCCCUCGUUUUAAGUUCUUGAUUCAAAAGCUGUUGACCUCUGUAACCCCGAUACUUCAACAUGACCCCGUAUCACGUAUCCGAUACGUAUCCACGUAUCCGUAUCCGAUACUCCGAUACACCUUUGUGCCUUUAAGUUUUGCAGAAAUUUGACGUAUCCACGUAUUCGUAUCGGGCCGAUACUGAUACGCCAAUCCGUAUCAGUGCUACAUAGCUGUUGACCUUCGUUUAGUUAGUCAUUUAGUCCUCUCUGCUUCUCAAAUCUGUUGUCGACUCCGCUUGAUUUUAGAGGGUUACUCCGUUUGUACUAACAUUACAAGAAAGAGAGCGAACUCUGCAGGGGGGAGAAUUUGCGGAGAGAGACGAGCAGCAAGUGCAAGCUUUCCACUAAACGAGCAACAACAGAUGCACGGGAGGAUCUUCAGGAGGAUGACAUGGGAAAUGAUCAGGGUUCUAAAUGUUUUUUUUUGCCAAUAAUCUCAUAGGUCCAGGUCGUGGGUUCACUUAGAAUAUUUUUUAUUCUCAAAGUUUCUUCAAGAUCUCGUAAUUUCUAAAUUAAACAUGAUAAGUUACUUCUGCA